AAAUUUGGAACCAAACGUUUCUCAAAUUCACAUCACAUUCAAUAACAAUGGCAAUGGCAUUUCCGUCCGUAACCUCUGUAACUGUGGAGAACGUGACAUUCCCUCCCACCGUGAAGCCUCCCUGCUCCCCCAACACCUUCUUCCUCGCCGGCGCCGGCGUCAGGGGCCUCCAAAUUCAUCACGCUUUCGUUAAAUUCACUGCCAUCUGCAUUUACCUCCAAUACGACGCCCUUUCCUUCCUCUCCGUUAAGUGGAAAACCAAGUCUACUCACCAGUUAACGGAAUCCGACCAAUUCUUCUCAGAUAUCGUUACAGGUCCAUUCGAGAAAUUUAUGCAGGUGACAAUGAUCAAACCCUUGACGGGGCAGCAAUACUCAGAGAAAGUGGCAGAAAAUUGUGUGGCCAUUUGGAGGUCUCUUGGGAUUUAUACAGAUUCAGAAGCCGAAGCAAUAGACAAGUUUCUUUCUGUUUUCAAAGACCUAACAUUCCCACCAGGCUCCUCUAUCCUUUUCACUGUCUCACCCAAUGGAUCAUUAACGAUAAGUUUCUCUGGUGAUGAAACCAUUCCAGAAGUUACGAGUGCUGUUAUAGAGAAUAAACUACUCUCAGAGGCUGUGUUGGAGUCAAUGAUAGGUAAGAAUGGCGUUUCCCCUGCAGCAAAACAGAGUUUGGCCUCCAGAUUAUCUCACUUAUUCAAAGAGCCUGGGGUUUGUGACCCUCAAUCUCAUAAGUGAACUCAUUAUAUCAUCAACCCAAGAUCAAAAUCCCUUACCACUCUGCUGUGACUUUCAGUACUGUGCUACUAAUAAAUAAAGGGCAAAUUACAGUUUUUCUAAGUGCUAAACUUCUAGCAACAUUAUUGUGUUGUUCUUACUGUCCAUGUCUAAGUACUGAACUGCUGUAUUUGAUUUUUCGUUGGGAAUUGAAGCAACUAAUUACAUUA